AUGGAAAGAAAUGAGGAAAUGAAGCACCCAAGUCACGCUUGCCACUCCUCUUAUAUGAUAGGCCACUAUGACAACAUCAAAAAGUUUGAGUCCCUUUUAGAAGCCAAGUCACUACGGACGUUCUUACCCUUUAAGAUGCUGGGGACGUAUGAGUGCUUCUUAAGCAAUAACGUUCUUAAUGAUUUACUGCCGAGAUUGAAAUGCUUGAGGGUGCUCUCUUUGAAAAGGUACCGCAUCACUGAAAUACCAGAUUCCAUUGGAAAUUUGAGACAUUUGUGCUAUCUAGAUUUGUCUUAUAAUUACAUGAAAGGUCUCCCUGAUUCAAUAUGCGCCCUUUAUAAUUUAGAGACUCUUUUAUUAAGGCAUUGUCGGUGGAUUGAGAAGUUACCCACAAAAAUAGGAAUCUUAGUCAACCUUUGCCAUCUAGAUAUUACCGGUGCAGAUUCAAUUAAGGAAAUGCCAAGUGGAAUUGGUAAAUUAACAAAUCUCUGUGCAUUGUCUAAUUUUAUUGUGGGCGAAGGCAAUGCAUUGAAUAUAAGAGAGUUGCAGAAUUUAUCAAAUCUCAAAGGUCGGCUUUCUAUUUCAGAGUUGCAGAAUGUGAAUGAAGCUCAGUUUGCAGGGGAAGCUAAGCUAUCAAGUAAGCCUGACGUCGAUGAUUUAGAGCUGGAGUGGUGUAAAGACUUCAGUGAAAAUUUAAGAAAGAAAGAAGUCGAGACAGAGGUGUUGAACUUGCUUCGACCAGAUGAAGUGCUUAAAGCGCUUGCCAUCGUUGGAAAACUACCACUUUUAAAGGAUCUUUACAUCGGGGGAAUGAAGAGCGUAACUAGUAUUGGCAAUGAGUUCUAUGGAGAGAAUUGGACAAAUGCGUUUCUAUCAUUAGAGAAAUUGCAUUUUCGAGAUAUGCCAGAAUGGAAAAAGUGGAAGGCAUGUGAAGUUGAUGAACAAGGAAGAAAAUUCCGUUGCCUCCGAGAUCUCCUUAUUGUGGGUUGUCCCAAAUUGAUAGGGACAUUGCGGGAGUACCUUCCUUCUUUGGAAAAACUCGAGAUUGGUAAUUGCCAAAAAUUGGGGAAGGGUGUUGAUGUCAAGAUGAAAGUAGAAGAUCUCAAUGUUAAAGGUUGUGAGGAAUUGGUUUCUUUGUGGCAAACAGAGUGGGGUUGGUUAGUGCCUUUGAAAUCUCUUCGUAAUUUCGAGCUUGAAAAUUGUCCGCAGGUCGUUUCUAUAGGUGCAACGGAGGAAAAAGCAAAGAUUUUGCAAUUUGACAUACCCUGCAACGUUGAACAUUUGGGAAUAAAAUAUUGUGAAGAGUUCCAAAAGUUAUCAAAAACCAUCACAUGUCUUAGAGAGCUAGAAAUUGCAAAGUGCCCAAAAUUGGUUUCACUUUUGGCGGAUAACUUUCCCUCAACUCUUAAAAGUUUGGUGAUUAGGGAAUGUGAGAAUUUGCAGUGCUUAUUGGAAGAUGGGGAGAAUAUCAAUUUCAGCUGCAAUUCUCUCCUUGAAUUUCUUCAAAUUAGUUAUUGUGAAGUUCUCAAAUCAUUAUCAUCAAGCGGUAAGUUACCCCUUGGGCUUAAAAGGUUGGUGAUCUGGAACUGUCCAGAGCUAGAAUUUGUAGCACAGGAAAUUGGGGAUAAUACAUGUCUUGAAUCUAUUGAAAUCAGGUAUUGUAAAAAUAUUCAGUACUUACCCCAAGGAAUGGACAAGCUUAAAUCUCUGUAUAUUGCUGGGUGUGAAAAACUUGAAGCUCUGCCCAACCUUAACUCUCUUCAAGACUUGACCAUAUUGAGUUGUCCAAGGGUGACAUCCAUCCCAGAAGGGGGUUUACCUACAAACCUAACAAUGCUUCACAUCUUUGGACCCAAUAUUAGUAAGGCAGUAAUGGAGUGGGGAUUGCAUAGAGUCACCUCUCUUAAACAUCUCCAAAUUCAUGAUGGUAAUUGUGAUGCGGUGACAUUUCCAGGAGGGGUUUUGCCUGCCAACCUAACAAUGCUUCACAUCUCUGGACCCAAUAUUAUUAAGGCAGUAAUGGAGUUGGGAUUGCAUAGACUCACCUCUCUUACAAAACUCUACAUCGAUGGCAGUAAUUGUACAGAUGAGAUGUCAUUUCCACAAGAGGAGAUCAAGCUGCCCUCUUCUCUCAACCUUAUUUCCAUCUCAGACUUCAGAAAUCUAAGGAAGCUAUCCUCCACAGGCUUUCAGCAUCUUUCCUCUCUUCAAUUUUUGUGGAUAAACAAUUGCCCGAAGCUCAAGUCCCUUCCCAAAAGGGAAGUGUAUCCCUCACUUUUGCAUCUAAGAAUUAUUGGUUGUCCAUUGUUGAGGAAAAGGUGCGAAAGGGAUAAACGAAAAUAUUGGUCCAACAUCGCUCACAUACCAUGUGUUUACCUUCGUUAA